AUGAAACGGAAACACGGCGGGCAAGAUGGCCCAGCAGAGUGUCCCAGUCUUAAACGCCGUGCGGAAAAGGAGCAUUUCCGGGAGAGCGAAUCGGUCCGAGAACGCGCAAAGCCUUACCUGUUAGCAGUCGCAAAGUUACAUAGUGACGUUCUGGAGACCACCUGGAGCCGGGGCAGGAACCGCCGCGUGGAGCCGACACAUGUACGGCAACUCAAGGAGACCUUCAUGAGGGGCGGCCUCGAGCGUUGUGCCCCCGAGAACCGUAUGUUUGUCCUUUGCAGCGCCAAGGAGGUUCGCCAGGUCCUCGAGGCUCAGAAGGAAGACGAAGACGAGGAUGCCGGCGAGGACCCGUCGGCCAACGGUGAUAGUCACGGCAGUAACGAGCACCUAGACGACACGUCCUUCCUUAAUUGGUCCGUCAUUAAUAAAACCAGAGUAGAGGUAAUGGCGGGCCAGCACCGGCUCCGCGCUCUCCGAGAGUAUAUCGAGGCGACAGGCGCUCCAGAAACGGAUUCCUGGUGGGUGUGCGAGCUGUAUGAUAAAGACCGGUUACCAGCCGAACUCAACAUCAAGUUACGGGUCAACCGUAGGGACCCAAACUUGCCCGAUAACCACGGCCAGAUAUGGACACAACUCGUGUCGGUCGCCUCCGAACCGAACGGGACCGCAUCAGUAGAUCAGGGCACGGUCGACCACAAGCUGGUGGAAGCGUUGCGCCUCGGCGGCGAGAAGAGCUUCCCGACACGCAGGCUCGUGACAUUGUGGAACCACGAGAGGUGGCGGGCCAUCACUACACGCUGGUGCCAGACGCGACUGGGGCUGGAAACGUUCAACAUCUCGACAUUCGAGUGGAUGGCCAGCCUCCGUAUCGACGACUACUGGUUUGCCACGCUCGAGGCGGUACUCAACACGCUCGACGCCCUACCGCUCGACGCAACGCAGGACAUGGGAAGGGAUGACUGGAACCGGUUGGUGGUAGCUCUUGAUGGAAGGAACACCGACGCAGCCCCACGGGCGCGUGAGGCCGUCGAGGCGGUAUUCUACACCGGCAGCAACGCCGAUGGGCCGCACCGCCGAGCGGCCGGCCUACUUGAUACACUGGACAACGAAACGUACAGGAAGACCUGCCGGGCCAUCUGGGCGGAGACGGAACUUGUGUUUGUCGAUCUGAAGCGUCUUCUCCGAAGCAAGAGGCCAGAGACGGAAUCUGCAGUCCGAGUCCUGCAACAUGUCAUCGGCUGGGUUCACCAGGCCGGCGUGGUCGAGCUCAAAAACGUGAACCCCAAGUCGAAGAAGAAGCCCCAGCUGCGCGACCACUUACAGACCGCACUCGACCGUCUCAGCGCGUCCAGAAGCGCUGCGGGUGAAUAUCCAGAGGGCACCGCCCGCCAGCUCCAGCAGCGUGUUCUGGACUUCACCCGGCACCACGCAGGUGCCUUCCGUGACAGAGAGGCCCAGGCGCUCGUCGCCAGCGACAUCACCCUCGUCGACGACCCAGCCUACGGCAGGCGGUUCAACCACGCCGCGUGGGCCCGUCUUCUGCGUAUUGUUCGGCAGGUCACCGAUACAGGGGACCAGGACGACCGCGUCCUCAGGCCUUCAUGGCGAGCAGUGACGGCUACCGAAGAGGGCGUACGCCGGGAGCAGGUCUCCACGCUAGUGACCACGUUCUGUACCACGCUCCUCGGGCUGGGCAGUCGGCCGAUCAAGAAGAACGAUCCCUCGUUUCUCUCCCUUCAACAGGGGAUGGAGAGGUUCCUCACGUCGUCUACCACCGAGCUGCGAGGUAUCUUGACAUUUGCCCCAUUUUCGUCGAGCAAUCCCGACACCCCGCACAACAGCGACGCUGGUGAUAGUUAUAUCAAUGAAGAUGAAGACGAAUACGAAUUUGAUAAGGACAAUACUUCCGGCCGUCCACACCAAACACAACAACAACAGCCGUCAGACUCGGACCCUCCACCCUCAGCACAGAGAUCCGGACGAUCUCAUCAGAGCAGCAAAGGCAAAGCGCCACAUACACGAGCCGAGAGCCCGAAACUUCCUCCAAACAGCGACGAAGCGUCAUACCCACCUCCCCGGCAUCAGACGACAGACAUCCGGGAGCAACGAUCGAGAGCCACAUCAUUAACUUCACGGCCCCCAAAAAGCAUACCAUUCUCGAGCGGCAAGCCAAUGCCACAUUGGAAGACGGGCCCCAGGGCAGGAAGACGGUAG